AGCACUUGAUGCUGUUUGUCUGGCAUCAGGGUGACAGAAAUAAAUGUACACUUGUUCUCCUGAUGAUGGACAGCUAAACUUUUGAUUACGUUUUAGAUAUCCGCCAUUUUGAUUUCCAAAUCUGACACACUGUCGUUGUUGUCUGUUUGCUAAAGUAUAAUUCAGGCAGGGACAACUGGACCUCUAGUCGGACCAACCAGCGUGUAACGGCGGCGUAAAUGACAUUGCAACCGGGGAAGGGUAGUAGUGUCCUCAAGCUAACAACGCAGUCAUGAACAGCCAGGCAUGGGCCGCUGGGUGACCUGACAGCCAAAGUCGCAGAGUUCCUGUUCAGCUUGCAGAUGACGACUGAUAAAAUGAUGGAUGUAAGGUAAGAGACACUUGAAAUAUGUAAGCAAAUGUAAAUCCCGUGUGUGAGAUGUGUGUCUCUGUCGAGUGGUGAGGAGACUAUAACGGGAAUGAGGAGAGCACUGUCUCUCCCUGAUGUUAGCCAAGCAGCCGUUACAAACAACCGCCUGAUGGAAGCUUAUCAUUGUAACCGAUAUUUUCCACCAAGUUUCGUAACGUUAGCUACAAAACUCAGACUGCCAGCAGGAUGGGUUACAAGCUGCACGCAUGGUAGGUGAAAUGACCAAUGGUUUAGCUAUAAAAAAGCUGACAAUAUAAGAGAAGCUAGCUAAGUUAACGUGGAGAUGCGAUAACUGUAAGCUAAUUAAUGCUAACAUUAAUUCACCCCGACAUGCCCGUUACCGUGUUAUUAUCACUAAUGACCGUUUCAUGGUUACUGUUACCAGCUGAUCACAGUUAGGCCUGGUUUACAUAUAGCUGACCGUGCUAGUGAUGCUCUUUGACGUUUCUAAUACUUGCUAGCCAUGGACAGAAGAUGGUUUGUAAUACGUAGUCUGAGCCCUGAAACACCUGUUCUGUUUAACCUCAACAUGUCUCUGUUGACUUGUGGUACAGUUGCUGUAAGCCAGAAUUGAUAUGCGUCAAUUUUAUUCAUCGAUAGGACAAUUUCUGUUUUCAUUUGACAGUAUAACGAUGUGCACCGACCAGCCAUGGUAUCAUGACUGCCUUGGAAAUCUGAUGUGAUCCAAUAACAUGUAAAAUUUCAUAUUUUGUUGACAUAAUCAGACAGGUGAUUAUUGUACUUAAUAUUGAUCAAUGAAGACACAGUGGGUGGUGGUACACAGGAUUAUGUUAUUUUGAAAAUCACUCCUUAUAUAUUAUCUUAUGUUAAACACCCACUACAACUUUAACAAUUAAUUUAAAGAGCUGUUACUAUCUGUCUGACCAUGUCAACAAGAAGUGUAAAAAUUUAUAGCAGAGCUUUUGUAUCGGGUUGCGAAAGUAAUCAUAAUGCGGGUUGGUGUAAAGAUCACAUGAUCUAAUAAGUAACUGCUGACUUUGUGUAAUCCAAAUUUAUUUAUUAUCCUUUGAUUGAGUCAAACAUAGUGGAUGUGUGUCACGGUCACAAGAACCAACAGACAAACUCAUCAUGCAAAAUCUUGAUUUCUUGAUGUAUCUGUGGUCCAAGUUGAAGAUCCUUUCCUUUUGAAACCACUGUCCAAUGACAGCUGUCAAUAUCACACUCCUUGUCUACUGUUUACAUGAUUGUCAGCGAAUGUAAGACAGAGUACUUCUCUUUACAACCUACUCAAGUUUUUAAGCAAAGGGAUUUAUAAUCUACUUUAAAGCCUAGAUUCUUUUCCCACGGGGGUUAGUUUUGUCCAAUUUUAUUCUUACUCCUUUCAUUUGCCAUUGAAAGGACUGUUUGUAGGGGCCGCUUCCUUGAUGAAGAUCUUCUGCAGUAACUCGGUUAUAGAUGCAUUGCUUCCUGGCUGGUUUAAAGAGAAGUGCAAACCUCAUCCAUGCACUUAGCGUUGUCUUCGAUUCUUGUUCUUGUAUCCUGUGGUCUCAUUCCAAUGUUGCAGUCAGGUUCUCUUGGAUUUGUGUGUCUUGUGUCUACAUUUAGUGAUUUGCUGAUGCAGUCUGAUGUCCUGGCUGAGCAGUGUCAAUAAGGCAAAUGGCCUUUUAGCAAGAUCUGACUAAGGGUUGAAGUCCUUGUCUAAAAGAUAAGGUUGUGCUAAUGUACAAUUUAGAGUUUCAUCACAGGGUCAAAAAAUCGAAAUUUACAUUAAAGAUACUUUUUCAUAAUACAAAAUCAUAUCCUCUUGAUCAACAGCUAAGUGUGUGCUUGUGACGUAAGCCAUGUUUUGGAAGUUUGACCUCCACACCUCCUCUCAUCUGGAGGCUUUACUGGACAAGGAAGAUGUCACACUCAAUGAGCUCAUGGAGGAGGAGGAUGUGCUCCAGGAGUGCAAGGCCCAAAACAGGAGGUUUGUGUGUUGUCAACGUAUGAAAAUCCGAAUUGCAUCACAGUUUUAUGUAACUGCUGGUGUUGGUAUUAACUGUUGCUUCUUAUCAAUUUGUAGGCUUCUCCUGUUCCUGUGCCAGGACCAAUGUAUGCAGGAGCUGGUCCGAAUGAUUACGACAGAGCCCCCUGCUGGUGGAGAGGAGAUAAAGCGCUACAAGUAGGUGGUUGUGCAGAAAAUGCUGAUGUAGUGUACUGAAUCGGGGAUAAAUGUGUUCUGCUGCCUCUGCAAUCUCUUAUGUCUCUCACCUGCCAUUUUGUAGAAAAGACAGGAACCCCAUUGGGUACAGAACUUUUUAAAAGGGCUUUGUCAUGCAUUAAGCAAAUUAAGUGACUUUUUUGUUUUGCACCGUCCUGUUUUUUAAAGUCUACUGGGUAUUUUUGCGCCAAAGCAGAAAAAAACAAUCAAAUUGUUUUGGUAUUGCUACCAGAUGUCUUCUUUCCAUGCAUUACAGGUAUCCAAAUAUAGCAUGUGAGCUGUUGACAUGUGAUGUGGGAGUGAUCAACGAUAAGCUGGGUAAUGAGGAGCCUCUGCUGGAAACACUGUAUACCUUCCUGGAGCAGCCGUCCCCGCUUAACCCUCUCCUGGCAUCUUUCUUUAGCAAGACUAUUGGGAACCUCAUCGCACGGAAGACUGAGCAGGUUACACGCAAAAGCUCACACAGCUAAAUCAAACAGCAUACCCAAGCAAGGAUAACAACUGUGCUUGUGUGUUGCCUUGAUUUGAUUCACACAGGUGCUCACAGCAAAGUUAUUGAAAAUGCUACUCCGAUAUGAGUGCUGUAAACUUUUCACUCUCUCAAACCAACACAGAUGUUCCAGUGCACUAAGAAUCCUGCAGUUUAGGUUCUAGGUCAAUGAGGCUGUAACCAGACCAGUUGUUGUUCCAGAGAAACAUAGUUUAAAACUGUCUCUAGGCAUGAUGUACUCCAUGAAGACAUCUAUAUUCAAGAGGAAAUUUUCAACAUUUUCUUAGAUGACCUUUGUAAACUUUGCCACCCAUUUUUACAAUGAAAUGUAUUAUGUGAAGCUGGGGAAUUGUAUGACCAUAAAAUGAUUUUUUUGUGGUUAUGCAUGCAUACUUAAGAUAAUGCACAUUUGAAGAUUAUUGUUGCUAAGUGGCGCUAUAAGCCUCUCAGCAAUGCAAAGUAGAGGCUGGCUGUCUUUAAGAGACAGCCGUUUGAUACAUUCACUGAUAAUGAAGUGAUGUUUUUUCCAGUUUUAAAUUUGCAAUUGUGAAGCAAAUGAUUAUUCCACACUGGGAAAAGUACCGCAGUAAAAUUAGGCCAUUCAUAAAAACUGACAGCAUAACUUUAAGGGUAUUCUGAUUGAUCUGUGCUUGGAUGUGUAGAUUUUUUUGUUCUAAAACAUCAGUCCAGUUUAUAUGGACAAAGUUCACCUUUUCAAUUUAGGUACUUUUGGCUCUCAGUCAUUGUGUUAUCUCUCUUCUUUGUUUCGUGUAGGUUAUAAGUUUCCUUCGACGGAAGGAGGGAUUCCUUUCCUUGGUCUUGAAGCAUAUUGAUACAUCAGCCAUGAUGGAUGUGCUUCUGAGACUUAUCAGCUGUGUGGAGCCUCCACCUCUAAGGCUCGAGACACUUACUGUAUGAGUCCAAAUGACCCACAUUUCAGAUUUUUCACAUCAAACAAAUUGAUCUUUUUUUAGCUCAUUAAAAAUGUCUUUCUUCACAGUGGUUAAAUGAAGAAAAGCUGGCCCAGAGACUCAUAGAGCUCAUUCACCCUGAGAGAGAUGAAGAGGUAAACGGUUUUAAGUGACUUUGCAUUGAUCAGUUAAAUGUUUCAGUUAUAAAGUUUACUAAAACUAGCACUCACAGACUCUUGAUAGGCAGUUUACAGAGCUGAUUGUUGGGUUUGUGCAUCCACAGAGGCAGUCUAAUGCGUCUCAGACUUUGUGCGACAUCAUUCGUUUGAGCAGAGACCAGGCCAAUCAGCUUCAAGAGAUUUCACAACCUGACCCUUUGCUCACUGUGCUUGAGUCGUAAGCCAUGCAGACACUGAAAGACACAUGUUUUCCCUCUCUGAACAGAGUGCAGAGGCGAUGACUGAUUAUGUCGUGUUUCUUCAGGCAGGAGUGUGUAGAGCAGUUGUUGCAGAAUAUGUUCUCAGGGGAACGGACUGAGAGCUGUAUCGUCAACGGGAUUCAAGUUCUUCUAACAUUACUGGAAAUCAGGAGGCCUGUGUGAGUGCUUUAAGGUUUUGAUUGUAAAUUCUACUUUUGAAGGAUUGUAGGUCUAAAUGAUUUCUGAGCUUUGCUAAAGUAUUCCAAAUUAUAUUCAAGUGAUGGUUGUCAUGUUUCUUUUUUCACUAUUUUCAAAAUACUGUUUUUUUUCUGUGUUCAUGACAGGGUGGAUGGUGUAAUGGAUGCUCAGGGAUUUGAGAGGAGUUACACUGUUAACAGCAGCAUUUUGUUGGCCAUCGAACCACACCUGACACACUUCCAUCAGCUACUUCUGGAGCCACCUAAGGUAGAUAAACAAAGACAGCAUUAGUAGAUCUGCAAAAUUAGUUGUGGUAAUAAAGACUAACAUGUUAAAUACAUGUACUGAUUAGAGAUCCCCUGCAGGACGAAGGUCACCCUGAUGUCAGCGGCAGGGAUUGUAAAGAGCAUCAGAAAUACAAGAGCAAGCUCAAAAGAUGAAGAAAGAGUCCAACUAAUGUUGUGUUAGACUUUAUUGCGUUUAGAUUUCUGUCUUUCCUCUUUCAUGCUUUUAGCGGAACCCCAUGCUGACUACUCUGGGUGUGCUAGAGGAACCACUCGGUAACACACGUCUGCAUGUAGCCAGGCUGGUGGCCUCUCUGCUUUACACCAGCUCCGCAAGCCAUGCAGUUGUAGCACAGGAACUCUGUCGUCUCAACACCAUGGACUUGCUUCUGGUGAGAUUUACAAACAUGCUGCAUUGUGAGAGCAUUGUGUUAAGAGAGAGAGAGUCAGACAAUAAAAGUUACAUUUGGAAAAUCUCUGCGUUUUUUUAGGACUUGUUCUUUAAGUAUACAUGGAACAACUUCCUGCAUCUCCAAGUGGAACUCUGUGUCGCUGCCAUCCUCCGGCCCUGCGCUCAUGAAAUGAGACUUCAGCCUGGUUUGGGAUCCCAGGGAAAACUCAAGUCCAAUCAGGAGGCUUCGCAGGAGGAGGAGAUUGUGUCUGAAACCAUUUCUGAUGCUCCAGUCACCCCAGACAACUCUGCACAUAAUCUAAUGGUGACACAUGUAUGUGUUCCUGCUUGGCUUAAAGUUACGUUUGAUCUUCUAAAAAAAUCCAAGUGAUGGUUCUCAUCUGUGUUUAACACAUUAACCGUUUAACACUCGAUUUCCUCUCUGUAGUUGUUUCAGCACUGCCACCUCGUCCAGAGGAUUCUUGGGGCUUGGGAGGAAAAUGAUAAAUUACAGUAAGGAGUUUGGAAAUUACAAUUUUUAAAAAUGUAUUUUUUUUUUCAUAUUUUACUAAUAUGGCAUCCCUAAGUAUGAUACUUGUUUUGUUCAGGUUGGAAGGAGGAAUGAGAAGAGGGUACAUGGGACAUCUGACCAGGAUUGCGAACACAGUAGUCCACAACCUAGAGAAAGGCCCAGUUCACACACAGAUUAGUAGCCUAAUUUCAGGUAUGUGUAUGUGGUAGGUAUUUAUAUUCCUGUACAAAGAAAGUGAUUUGUCAUUUAACAUUGUUCUAAAUGUUGUUAAUGUGGCUGUAGAGCUGCCAGAGGACUGCAGAGGGCGCUGGGAAACCUUUGUCGACCAGACUCUGUCAGAAGUCAACAGGAAGAACACUAUAGACCUGGUAACCACUCACAUCUACAUCUAAAUUCCUGUUAUAGUUGUCUGUAAACACACAUACACACGUUAAUCUCACAUGUGGCCUGUGUGGGUUGUUCUUUUGUGUGUGUGUUCAGAUUGGCACUGGAAACCCACGCCCUUCCUCAGAGGAUGACAUGGAAAGCCCAUUCCCCAAGGAACUGACGCUUCAGCAGGUACAAAGAUUGUGAAGAGGCGCACGUACAGAUCAUACUGAGUCCUCAAGUUAGCGAAGAUGUCAAUCUAAUUGAAGUUGCUUUAUUGUGCGCCAAAGGCUUUUUCAGACUACCAGAUCCAGCAGAUGACAGCGAACUUUGUUGAUCAGUUUGGCUUCAAUGACGAGGAGUUCACGGAUCACGAUGACAGCAUUGGGUCAGUUCACUGAUAUUCAUUGAAUUUUAUUAAAUUUCCUGUCUUCUAUCAAACACACAGUUUUCUAUUAGUUUGUAAUGAUGUGAUUUCUUCUAUUUACUGUAGGGCAACGUUUGAUCGGAUUGCGGAAAUCAACAUCAACAUUGAUGCAGGCCAGGAAAGUGUGAGUAUAUUUAGAUUUUUUGAGACAAACUUUCACAUAGUUUCUCUUUUAAGUUUUAGAGCUGUAUUUUUAGAUCUGUCUCCUGGAACUUAAAAAUUACUAUAAUGAUCUUAAUAACCAUAAGGGGCCAGAAAACACAGUACAUUGUGUAAAACAAACAACCACCGCAUAUUAUUCUACAUGAUCUUCAGACAGGUUUAUCUUUGUUUAUGGUCAUUUAAAUCAAUGCUAAUGUUAAAAUUAUCAAUGAUUUAAUGUUUCCUGUUUGUCAUGCAGUAUUGCAUUAACUAACCUUUCCUUUACAGGCUAAUACGGCUGUGUUCGAGGCAUGCGCCAAGGAAAGGAUUCAGCCUUUCGAUGAUGACGAAGAGGACAUUUGGGAGGAGAAAGAGAUUAACUUUGCGGCACAAACAAAGUCCCGUAACAGGUAGACAGAUUUCACAAAUACUAUCUGCAGAUGAAAAGACUUGCUUUGUCACUCAAAUGUUUCAUUUGCUUCAAGGUUCGGUGGGUCACAAUCAUCGCAGAGCUCAGCGACCAGUAAGACUUGUGAUAGGACGGCAGCUCCAAGUACGGAGGGCCCUGUCAGAGAACAAGACUCCGACUCUGAGGAGGAAGAAGAUCCUAAAGAUCAAUUGGAUCCUUUCUCAAGCCUGGCCCAUACUGAUGCAACCAAGAGUGAGGGAUAUUCAAUUGUUUGCUCUAUAGGUUGGUGACUAAAAUAGGUCUUGAGUAGGUUUGCUGAGUAUUGUUUAUUUUUGGUGCUCCUUCUUCUCAGACACGGGCUGGAUAGCAGACUUUGGGGAGGUGAACUCACAGGCUCCUGCAGCGGGAACAGGAUUUUCAGCCUGGGACGCUUUAGACUCCCAACCAGCUGCCACAGAUACAGAGGAGAAAGGAUGGGCCAAGUUCACCGACUUUCAGCCUUUCUGCUGGUCAGUCUAGAUGUGGUAUUGUAAUGGUAGUUGUGUAUAAAUUUACAGUUGAAGUACAAAAUUGAGGCACAAUUGAUAGAACCAGUCCAGAAAAGAAAAUAUCUUUCAUGUUGAACUCUAAUGGAGACACUGACAUUUAACAUCUAAGGCUCAAAUGGAUUUGCAGCUCGAUGAUUUUUUUCUUCUGCAAAUCUAUGGACGCUACAAAGGGACUAAUCACUUGAUUUUAUGUGUGUUAUUAAUUAGCUGUACUUAAUUAUUUUAACACUUGAAUCAUUAAAUGCAUAACCUUUGUUCCAGCUCUGAAACGGGCCCCAGAUGCAGCUCUCCCGUGGACUCAGAGCUCAGCGGAUCAGACAACACCAAACCAAACCAGAACCGUAAGUUGCUGUCAUGUGGUUGUCAGAGUUAUAAUAUCAAGUGUGGACUUUCAUGAGUCGAAGCUAACAAAAUAAAUAAAUGAACACAUGGUAUAGAGUUACACAAGGUUAAUGUUGUAGUAGAACUAUAGAGUCGUGAAAUCCUGUCAUUUACUCUGGCAGCUCUCAAAAGCAGGGUCUUUCUCUCUUCUCACUUCACUCUUGGCAGCUUGUGUGUGGAGUGUGUGUGUGGCAAGAAAAGCGCCGUUAGUGGCAUCCGACUCCUCCUCCUCCAACAGUUCAGACAGUGAUGAUGAAGAAAGCAAGACAGACUCUACAACUAGUGAGACCAUCACCACAGGGGCUGGCAAGGAGACCAUCCGGCUCACAGUGGAUGCCAAAAAUGAGAGAGCAGUCUUCAGCAGGUACACAAACACAGUCGAAUGGUGUGCCUCUGCUCUGUUGUAUUCGUUACAGUGUACCCCCUCUUGUUGUACUCUGAAGUGCUUUGUAAAGCCAAUCUCCCCCUUUUACAAAGUUCUCCCCCCAGAGUGUUGCCUCCACUUUUUUCUGUUUUUCUUCUGACAUUGCCCUCCUCCUGUCUGUUCCCCUCUGUUUCACUCCCCUUUGACUCCAGAGUAUUCAGACCAGCAGUUAGACGGUAUGUUGUGCUUGAGGUCCUCUGCUCUGGAGCGUGGAAUGUUUACUUGAAGCCGUGUGAAAGAUUUGGAAAGGCCAUCAUGAGCACAGAUGUGCCACAUGUUUGUUUGUUUGGUUUGCUCGUCGAAUUUAACAGGAUGUGAUGCAGCAGUUUACUUUCGCCAUAAUUCAGACCGAGUCUAAUUCAUCCCAGAAAUAUACUAACUUGCGAUCGUUGACAACUGUGGAGAUUCUCCAGGACCUCUACUCCUACGCCAGGCUCCAUUCAUAUUCACAACAUGACACCAAACAGUACUGGUCUUCGUUGGCAUGAAACACUCCACUCAGCACUUUUAGGGUCUGUUAUCUUACUUGUUUUAGUACACCAACAUUUGAGAGCAGCGACUGACAUUUGUGCCUUAAUGACACAAAAAUCAAUGUUAACAAUAACAGUGAAAACACAUAACUCCUUAUGAUUUGUUCAAUCUUUCAGAGCACUCACUCUACUAACAGAAUGUCAGAUAGCAUGCAGUGAACAAAGGUUGCAAGCAAAGAAACAGCACUAUGUCGAGUCCCGUGUUAGCAAUGUACUAACAAGCAGUGCACCUCAAAGCAUGCCACAUUAAAACACAUAUCAGCUGUAAUUUUCCAGUAAAAACAUCAACAUUAACUUAAUAAGCCUCAGAGACCCCCCUUCAAUUUGGGUCAGUCACAUCCAGCUGAUGUUAGGAGAGUAAAUGCAAGGGUUGCUGUACGUGCUGAACAUGAUAAUAGCAAGUGUGGACAGCUUGAAAGCAGAUUAACUGGGAUGAAAUGCAACCAGAAGCAGAAAGAAGCAUCUGCAGUUUGUUCUUGAAGAUAUAUUUGUGAUGUUUUUUUUUACAGCGAUGCAGAUAAGGUGCCAGUAGAGGGACUUUCCAUCAAAGAGAAAGAGAGUGAAAAAGGAAACUCUCCCAGCCCAGCCACGGCCAGUCCAGCGACACAAUCGGCUGCUGUCACACAGUAAGUGUUUAUGUUAGUGUGUAGGUGACAGUGACGGAGCGAUGCAUACGUUGAUGUCCUAUGACAACGAGUGAAAAACCUCUCUCAGGUUUUGAAAUCUGGAUAACUCGCUUUACAUUUGAGAAAUCCUGAAACAAAACAGAAACAAGAUCAUCCAAAAUAUCAGAACUAAAUGUUGAUUACUUGAGGUUCAUUAACCACCAAGACAUUAAAUGCUUAAAUUUCCUGCUGAUGAAGAAUCUUUUCUAUAAUAAUGCUGCGCGCAAGUUACCUCGGAAGGCAGAUGUCCGAGCUGGGGUUGACGUCACACCCGAAUUACCAGCGUUUCACUUACCAAGUCAGAAGAAAGCAAAAUCUUAGGCGGAAAACAAGAUGGCUACAUCUACUAAAGUUAUUUUAGUGCUUGCCUUGUGUCCUACAAUAAAAAAUAACUUUUAUAGAUGUAGCCAUCUUGUUUCCGCCUCAGAUUUUGCUUUUUCCGACUUGGCGCUGGUAACUCGAGUGUGACGUCAUUCCCAGUUCGGACACCUGACUUCCGAGGUAACUCGAACGCAGCAUAAACACCUCCUGCAGCUGGUGUAACAUGUAACACACCUACAUCAACAUGGGCUUACAUGCCUGUAGGCUGUGGAUCAUCAUCAGAAGAGUUUUUUCCUCUUAGCUUCUGAAUAAUAUUGUAGAAAAUUUCCUUUUUUUUUACUUUACAGAGAGAUGCAGCCCUCUGCUAAUGGACCUGGCUAGUGAAUUAGCACAGAGACACACACACGCUUCAUACCCUUCAUUCAGCACACAAACACGCAACCUUCGCUUCCCGUUAGCAGCUCUCCAACACCUCUACGUGUCUAAAGAAGAAGGGGAGACCACUGAGGUUGAGGUCAAACAGCCCUUCACAGUAUGUAUGCUGGACAACACAAAACUACACGAGUAACCCUGAUCUUUCCCUACACCUUCAUGUCAUACUUACAACUUAACAGCUUCAAAGAAGAUGUGUGUUUUUAGAGAAACAUUUUGUAUUGACAAAUCCCUGAAUCCAAAUUAUGCUACAUUCAUGAACUGUAAAAAUUGUGAUUUCCCAUUAACCUCUGUAAAUGACUGUGGUAAUGAACAGACGCUGCACCCCAUGUGUCAGCUGCGGCACAUGAAGACAAAGAAAGCAACACAUUAGAGUGACCUUUUUAUUUAACGCAGCAGCAGAGUUUCAUAUUGUUGAAAAUCACAGCCCGGGGAAUUUUUCUCUCACAUCAUUUGACUGCUUAUACUUGAGUUACAGACUGCAUCCAAAUAAUCAGCCAAGAUUACAAAGCCAAGACGAUUGCAUUUUCAGCUAGCCGCCAUUUGACUUGAGCAUUUCAGUGUGCACAACCCUCAGAAUUUUUUAAUUGGUGCGAUUAAUCUGCAAGUAAAAUCAUUUGGCUUUACUCUUCCAAUCGUGCAACCUUAAUCAAUUUUCAAUCUAGACAAGAUUUGGACUUGGAUUUUGCUCUCUAUCAUGUAGAACCUAAAGGCUUUUUGUUCUUUUGGAGCAUCAUGUGUCACUUCCUCCUCAAACCUAUAUCAAAUUCAUGUUGUUUAGAGUUGCGUGUGUGUGUUUGUGUGUUUGUGUGUGUACAAGAGAAAGAGAGAGCUCUGUCAAAUAUGCAGAGUACAUUCUCAGGUCUAAAGAGAGGUAUGCAUAUACAAAGAAAGCACAGCUGUUUGACACACACACAUACAGACACACACACAUAAUCAACCAUAUACAUUUGUACACCAAACCUAUAAAUAAAUGCAAAAAAGAACAAAAAAACCCUACAGGACACGGUAAAGUGCACAUAUUACUUCAUAUCACCUUCAGAGCUGUUUAAAUGUAAUAUUGUGAAAUUUGAACCUGUAUUAGGCUGUGGCUAUUCUUGGUAAUAUGUAAACGUAAUAUUAAUGUAAACAGUAUAUAUAAACAUUAUAUCUAUUUUUGGAAUAAAUCCAAUGUAUGGAAAGGCAAUUGUUUUCCAGGUUGCAAUGUGUGUAUAACGUAUGUGUGUGAUGUACUGUUGAAAUGAGGCAAUAAUGAUGUGUGUGUUUCAGUUAAUACCCCAGCAUCAGUUCUUGUUCCUCUGCUGAAUGCUUCCUACACGGAGGUUUGGGAGUGUGUGUGUGUGUGUUUGUAAAUGUGAGUCAGUAGUUUUACAGUGUGUCUUUGUUUUCACUUGAGAGAUAAUUUUGGUUUAUUAGAACGUAUCUAUUUCUUUGUAAGUGCAGAUUUAAUCAGAGGAAAUACUGGAUAUCAGGCUUCCUUGUUAAUUAUUUAGUUUAAAGUUUAUUUCUAGGAAAAAGGUCCAGUCUCAGCUUCUCAAAUGAAAAGCUUUUUUUUAUCAUGUUUUACUUCUUUGUCAGUGUUUUUAAAAAUGUAGAUGUCAUGGGCGGUUAAAGUGAAGAACUGACCUCUUCGGCUGGAACAGUAAUGAACAUUUUGCUUUUUUUUCCUCACUGAUUAUGUCAACUUGUAGACCAUUUACCAAAUAAAAGGUACAAUCAGAUCCUAUCAGACAGAAUCAUGUAGGAUAACAGCAAAAAAAAAAAAGUUUGAAUUAAACCAAAACUAUCUUUUAAGUAUGUAAGUCAGUCAUGCUUUACUUUCUCUUUCUCCUCGUCUCUCUCUUUCUCAGGGCAGGAGUUGAUUUUAAUUGCAUAAAAAGCCUACAAAAUGAUUUACAUAGAUUGUUUGUAUUUAUUUUGAGAGCACUUUUCAAAGAAGCACUUUUGGUUUGUAUUUGGUGGUGGCGAGUGUCACCACAUUAAUCCCCCACUCAGAGAAGUGGGAACGUUUGACUUGAAUGAGUGAAUCAUGUAGAUACUUUUCGAAUAGUUUUAUCUUUAGUGUUUUCUGCCAAAGUGUGUCUUCCCGCCGGUUUAUACCUGGCUUUCAUAUCUGUGAAGUAGCCUCCUUUCUUGCAAUGGUCAUACAGGUCUAAAUUUAUGUCGAGCAGCCUUUGUUUAAUCCUCCUUUCAUGUGUGCUGAAGUCAUGAGACAGGCGGGAAGGAUGCCACGCAUCAAAGAAAGACUCAUCAAAGACUGCAGACGUUUUUAGUUCUUUCCUUCCUUCAGAGCAGUUUGAAGUGAGUAAGCGCUGGUCAGUGUCAGGGUAAGGGGAGAAAACAAACAGGGCUGCUUCUUGUCAGGUGGUGUACAGGGUCGGAUUAUAUCAUCUUGUAUUUUUGCUAAACCUCAGCUCUGCGUCUGACCCUUAUCUCUUGGUUUUGGCAUAUUUUUUUUGUGUGUGUGUGUGUGUGUGUGUGUGUUUCUCCUUCACCCUGAGAGUCUGAUGUUUGUUAGCAGAAAAGCUACAAGGAUGAUGCAACGUAAUGCACAAUAAUAGCAUGAGGUACAAUAUCGUCAUCUUUAAGUGCCAUUAUGUUUGCACAUUAUGCCCCAUUCAUCUCUGAAUGUGCUGCAUUGUCAAUGCAUAGAGAUGCUCAGAUACCGUUUUUUUUCCUUUUCCAGUACAGAUACAAGCACCUCGACUGAAAUACUGGCUGAUUCUGAGUAGCCUUUUGUUUACAUUGGCUAUUUGCCACUCUUUGCUGGCACCACACUGUUGUUUGUUUUAGAACAUAAUUAUACACCUGAAACUAUUCAAUGAAGGGCAUCUUGUUGGUUAUGAAAUCAUUUAUCAUGAGCUCAUUGACUAGGACAUUCAAAAGUACCUGAUACUACAUUUUAAGGGGCUGUUACUGAUUCUGGUAUCGGUAUCUGAACUUUAAUUGUACAGUCCACACCCAAAACUUUAGAGACAAUAGAUCACUGAAUUCUAUUGUCCGUUUCUUACACACUUAGUCAAUCUGAAAGGUUCGAUCUAUCUUGCAUCGUAGCUUAUAUUUGUGUAUGAGAUUGUGUGCAAAGGUGUGUGCGCGUGUGUGGGAGGGGGGAGUUGUGUUGAAGACAGCUGUGUUGUAAAAAAAUGCCUUUUUGUAAAGUAGACUGAUGCUGGUGUUUUUUUUUUUCAUUUAGAGAGUAAUGUGUCUGUUAUCUGUUGUCAAUUUAGCUUGUACAUUCAGAUAUGAAUCUAAUAAAUAUGUCUGAUCCAAGGAGAA